AUUAAGAAACUGCGACACUGCUAGAGUGUCUCUGAACAUGGAGGAAAAAAGCGAGCAAGAGCAGCAAAAGAACGAGACAGAAAGGUCAGGGCUUACGAAGGAAAAUUGGAUUAAGAAGGUUGGGAAUUAUUCACCGCACAAGUGCCAAGUUCCAACCAGUCCUACAAGGACAAAUGCGACGAAAGCCGUAGAUAGAAGUGGGCUCUGCAACACCUACGAGGCUAUUACUCAACAGACAACUUCAGGAUCCUCGCAGGCACCUCUAGAGGAGCCGGAUUUGGAGGGCAUUAUUCGCGAAUUCGAGAUGGGUUUCCUCUCGCCUUCGAAACAGGAUGGAGCGACUGACGGAACGUCUACGAAAAAGAACUUCGUCAAGAAGAUCGUCGCGGCAUUCGAGGUGAAAUAUAAGACCGUGCAGGCGACUGGAGAAAGCCACGAAGAAAAUAAGUCACAUGCCACCAUCGCGGAACCGUCGAAAAAAAAAUCUGGAAUAUUCUGCAGUCCCUGCAAGAGGAAGCUCGAGGUAUCCUUUGAAAAACUCUCGCCUUUGAAACAAAAUAAGAACAGUGACGAGUGUGGAAAUAGUUCAAUGAUUUUCAAAAUAAGAUCUGGAAUAUUUGACUCCCCGUACAAAAGUGAGGACAAAAAAGUGACUGAUCUUUCCGAUAUCUCGAAAGAUGAAACGAAAGAAGAAAAGGGGGAAUCGUCGAAGGAAUCAGGAAUAUUCUCGCCAUCAUUUAAUUGCAACGACUCUAAGAACGCAAGUUCAUCGGUAAUCCAUUCGAGUACCAUGGAUUUCCAACGCGAACGUUCGAAGGAUUCCAGUUCCGAUUGUUCGAUGCUCUUUAAGUCCGACAAAGAAGAGUCCGAUCGGGCAGCUAAUUUUCAUUUCAGCUCCCUCGACGAAACAAAGACAAUCGAUUUUGAUCGCAUCGAUCUUGACGUGACUUCACCGGAAACUGUUUUUGUAACUGACAUUGCGCUUCCAAAAACAAGUACCAUGAGCAAUAAAUUCUCGAAAGACAAGGACGAUGCGAUGAUCCAAAAAAUUUCAUGCAAGAUAGUCGGGGCAUUCCUAAAGAAACCAAUCGAAGUCGAGGACACUUCCAUCAACUGGAUACCUAUCGUCGGAAAAAAACUGCCACGGAAGAGAUCGCUAAAGAAGCUAUUCUAUUCAUUGACCAGGCGAAAAUUCAAUGAAAAAGAAAAACUAUUCUGUUCGGAAAUAAAUCUGGGCGAGGAACUGCGAGAGUUUCAAGAUUCCGGUUACGACGAGAAGUCUUGCGCAAAUUCAUCUUUAACUUCCCUACUUUCCUUCACGGAGGUUCUACUUCGGCAAAAAAAUAAUCACAUCGAAUCUAAUAAACGAAGCACUUUGCAAACCUUCAAACCGAAGAACAAAUCGGUUAAAAAAGAGAACGAAGUUUCCUGUAACACGAAUCAUUCUUCAGGGACACAGGAGAAAAAAUUGGUUUUAAGUGAGAUUUCUCGGGAAAAAUUGAAACAGGAUCUUGGUCCGUGUUAUCCUUCUUCGAACAUGAUGUCGUUGGCUCGAGAAAAAGAUUCCAGCCCGUCUCCAGUUAAUGAAUCUUUGACCAAUUUAUCAAAAUUACCAAAACAUCCUUGCAGUUCGAAAAUUCCAAAGCAUCCAUUCGUUUCCCUGACGAAGAUGGACGAGUUAGAAUUUUGUUUCAAUAGUUAUGAUUCGUCAUCAAUGAUCAUUAAAAACGAUCUGUAUGAGGUAGAGCUUCGAAGAAACUGCGACGAUCUACCCUCGCCGAGUAACUUUUCGUCUACAGUCAGCGACUACGACGUCCCUAGGACAUUCUUCUCCGAGAACCAACUAUACCAGUCGACUCUGAAGAGGGAGGAAGAGCCGAUUUACCAGAACCAACUAUACCAGUCGACUCUGAAGAGGGAGGAAGAGCCGAUUUACGAUGUUCCGAUGCCGCAAGGUAUCGAGAGACCCAAGUCCAGCAUUUACGAGAAUGUCGUUUCUUUGAAACGAUGGAACGCCGAGGACAACUUCAAAUGUCACUAUUUCGAGCCCAGCUUCGAAUGUCACUAUUCCGAGCCCAGUAAUAGUAAAGUUUCCUUCAACAACAAGACGCUAUCGUUGGAUGACUUGACUCUCGGAGAGAAGAGUACCGCUUUUUAA